UGAUCAAACUGGGCUUUUUCAAGCGCGCAUUUCCUUGGACUCCUCGCAACGGAACUGACUCCAGUGACCGGUCUUGCAUUUCUUAGUGACAUCCAGCAGCCGCCGCAGGCUGAGGCGCAGACGAUGGAUGCGCUCUCCCUGAACGCCACAGACUGCAGCGGCUUGAACGGGACCAACUGCAGCGGCGGCUUCAACCAGUUCAUCCAGCCGGCGUGGCAGGUCACUCUGUGGGCUGCAGCGUACUGCGCCAUCGUGGUGGUGUCUGUGGUCGGUAACGUUUUGGUCGUUUACAUCAUUCUGGCUCAAAAACGCAUGAGAACAGUCACCAAUUACUUCCUGGUGAACCUGGCCUUUGCAGAGGCUGCCAUGUCAGCCUUCAACACAGUGAUCAACUUUGUCUAUGCUGUGCACAACGAGUGGUACUUUGGUCUUGUUUACUGCCGCUUCCACAACUUCUUUCCCCUCGCAGCCAUUUUUGCCAGCAUCUACUCCAUGACGGCCGUAGCAUUGGACAGAUACAUGGCCAUCAUUCACCCCCUGCAGCAGAGGCUGUCCUCCACAGAGACCCGUGUGGUGAUUGUCAUCAUCUGGGUUCUGGCUCUGCUUCUCGCCUUCCCUCAGUACCACUACUCAGCAACUGCAGUGCUGCCCGGACGUGCCGUCUGCUUCAUCGACUGGCCAGACUACACCCCUGUGGACUUCAAAAAGAUGUAUUAUAUAUGUGUGACACUGCUGAUCUACUUUCUGCCCCUGUGCAUUAUGGGGUGGGCCUACAUGACGAUGGGCUUCACCCUUUGGGCAGGUGAGAUUCCUGGAGACUCAUCUGAACACUACAGGCAGCAGCUGAUUGCCAAACAAAAG